CAUAAGUUAUGUUGUCUGCUGUGUUGACAAAGUAGAUGAAAACAAAUGGCAAAAUUUCAUCAUAAUUUAUGGAGUUUUUUGUUUGAUGUGAUAAUUUUGUUAUUCUUGGCGAUAAGUUUUUCUUGGACUCAUUUUUCAGUGUGGAACAUCGAAUCUAGACUGUGUUUAUUUAUUGUAUUAGUUAUAUUUCUAUACAUGAGAAAUCUGCCCCGUAUAUUAUCACAAAGGAACAAGUGAUUGAGGAUUGAGACAAAUUGACAUAAAUGUUGUCACUCAAAUCUUCAAUCUAAUUCGACUUCUGAAAAGCUAAUAAGUUUUAAUUUUACUAAAAAAAAUGACGAACGACUAAGAAAUUGACUUGUUGAUGAGGUUAAACACUAAAAAGCAUGAUUUUAUUUUUGAGGAAAAAACAUAAAUUAUUUUAUAUUCAUACCCUGGUUAACAAAAAAUAUUUUUUUAACAAAGUUUUACCAAGUUUUUUUUUAUUUUAAUUUGAAAAGUAUUAAUAUGGAAAAAUUCAAGAUUCUAUGCCUUGUUAUAGCCUACUAGGAUUUGAAUAGCAAAAACAAAUGAAUAGUAAAUAAAUAAAUGUUUAUUUCCCAAAAAAUUAAAACUACUGAAUCAAUUACAGAAAAUAUUAGAUAAAUUACAAUUACAUACAAUAGUUAGUUACAAUAAAAAUUUCUUAUAAUGUGUCCUCUACAUGUUUAAUGUUUUCUGUGUGGAAAUUGACCUACUCCACUAUGGCGUACCAGGUUCUAGAGUAGAUUUAAAUAACAAAAUUAAUUUUAAAACUGCUUUCAAAUAAAUCCUUUGCUGAGACGUUUAUUGGGGAAGAAUUACCUAAAUACUCACUUACUCAUACUCAAAAAUUAAUUUCAAAACUGCUUUCAGAGAAAUCCUCUGCUGAGACGUUUAUUGGGGAAGAAUUACCUGAAUAGGCUACUCACUUACUUAAUUAGUAGAAAGUAGGUUACUUAGUUGAAUUAGAAGAAAUGGAUCAAAGAAAACCCUCUUCUCAGAAAUUCAAGAGUGAACAAGUCUCUGGAAGAAGGAAUCCUUCAACCCCUUCAGCUUCUACGGGGGAUGAAUCUUUAGGAAAUGAUAAGAAUAAAAGAGAGAGUAGAGAUAAACAAAAUAGAUACAAACAGAGAAAUGCACUAGAAGUUAGAAACUAUCACAAAGAACAAACCCAGUUGAUACAGUUACCAAAAUUUUUAAAAAACCCAAAAGCAGUAAGUUCAUCAUCUUUUAAAGAAGAGUCAACUUGGCCAAAGUGCAUUCAUCGAUCAGCUAUUCCGUCCUGCUCUUUCGAUUAUUCUUCGGAUUUCCCCGCUCUGACUGUGAAACAUAGAAAAAGUGGUAAGACUGAUUACACUGGAAAAAUUGUAGAAAGGCAAGUUUCAGUAGAUAUGCUUGAGAGGGAGGCAAUUGAAGAUGAAAAAUCAAAUGACCGAAGAACUGAUACCAGCAUUCCAGAUAAUGAAUUAAAUAAAGUUAAAGCUUCCAAGAAGGUCCCCAGAACUGAAAGACCUAUCACAGUGGAUCUCAUGGAAGCUAGUGAAUUAUUUAAAAUGAAGAAGCUCCAAUCCAAAAGUAUUUCCAAGAAAAGCAAAAUUUUAUUGAAGCGCUGGGAUCAACCAAAACCUUACGGCGGAAACAUUCUAGACUCAGACCAACCGAUGAGGCAUAAGGGUAAAAUCAGACUGAAUAAGAAGAGAAGACUGACCAAAAUUAAAAGUGUCAUAUUGGAGAAAAGACAUGCUUGGAAAAUUAAGAAAAGCGAAUGGAAGUCAUCAUUUGAAAAUUCAAAGACAAUUCAACUUACAGCAGAUAUGAUAAAGGAUGCCUUAGUUUUGAAAUCUUGUGAUUUCUCCUUGGGUAGGAGGGUAGAACUUUCUAGCUCUGGAGCUCCCUGUAGCUAUUCAUUUGAGGAUGACAAAAAUUCGUCGGAAAUCGUUGAUUGUAAAACACACGUCAAUGAGUUAUCGAUCACCAAUAAGAUUCUAUCGACAUGCCAACUGAAAAAGAAGUUGAAUCUCAUGAGAAUCCACAGUCUUAUCUUGAUGCUAAUUUGAAUAUUAUUGACAGCCAGGUUCUGACUGCAAAGAGAAUGAUCCAUUCAAAAAGAUUCGCCAUAUACUGUGACCAGUGGCCGAUCAAAGAGUUGACUGACGCUGUCAAUGAACUUCUCAAGAAGCUUGACUGUUUCCAGCAAAAAAUGCAAGCGUGUGAUCCUCUUAAACUCUAUUCAAAACGAAGAUUCAAUUUGGGUCUGACUGAAGUUACCAAGUAUUUGAAGCUGGGGAAAAUUGUGAUGAUAAUUUUUGCAACCGACAUCGAGGAAGUUGAUGGAAAAGGUGGUCUUCUGGAUAUCAUAAAUAGCAUGAGAAGUAUGGCGAGCCUCCAAAAAGUGCCUUAUGUGUUUGCAAAUACUCAGAAAAAACUGAAAGGAAUCUUGAAGAAGAAUGCAAGAAUUAGUUGUAUUGGAAUAAGGAACUACGAAGGAGCAGACGCACAUUUUAAAAAGAUUCUGGAACUCUUACCUGAAGCAAAAAGGCUGUACAAAGAAAAAUUGGACUAUGCUGAAAAAAUUUGGGGUGUCAAAAAUGAGGAAUCAGAAUCAGAUCCAAAUGUAGCAGUCGUACAAUCACUACUCUCCAAACUCACAUGUCACUCAACUCAAGUGACAGAUGAAACUAAUUCUACAAACGACAAAGAUGCUGAUAAUGCCUGUCCUUUCCUCUCUGGCAUAAUGAAGCAUGAGGACAAUACAACAUAAGUAAUGUGUGAACUUAUAUUUAUUGUUUGGUACCUCGAAAAAAACCGGCUGUGAUCAUUACUUAUCCAUAGAGUACAAGAAUUAUAGUUUUAUACGGUAUAUUCAUAUCAAUUUGGUUGUGAAAUGGUUUCAAUAAUCAAAAAUUCAUAUAUUCUAAUAAAGUAUUUUGAUAGGGCUAUUUGAAUGAUGAAAUAUAUAUUUCUAAUAAAGUA